AUGACCGCUCCUGCUGCCGCCCCCGCCGAAGGUGCCGCGGCACCUGCGCAGGAGAGCUUGAUGGACCGCCUGUGGCCCAUGCUGCGCAUGCUGUUCAUCUACUACACGAUCACGUCCGUUAUCAACAUGUUCGCGCCGCAGCCACACCGCCAACCUCAGUCCAGCGUUCAGGACGUGGUCGCCAAGAAUGCGGACAACUCGAAUAGUGGUCCCCGCUCACCUGCGCAACUGCAACUUUUGCGCAACUCAUUCCAGUUGGGCGCGCCGAUCAAUCUCAGAGUGUAUGUCACUCCCGACGAGCAUUUCUCCUUCGCCGAUGCUGCGGACAGCGCCGCCGUGGAGAGGGAGCAGGAGGCACUGCGCUGGUUCGAGGACGCACUCACAUACGACAACACGCCCAACGCCGAGCGCGAGGACGGCGUGUGGGUUCGUGAGAUGAACGUUUCGGUGGACGAUCAUUUGCUGUCGAAUGGCUCACUCUACGCGCACGUGUUCGUUACCAAGGACGGCUGCUCGCCCAAUCCAGCAGACAGCACGUACGACGCCAUGGGCUCCAUCCACCGCUCAGUGGAGCUCACGGCCUUUCGUCCGCCGCCUAAGAUUGUCAAGAAGCGCAACCUGCUGGAGUCGCGCACGGCUGAAGAAGAGCAGGAAGAGGCCGAGGAGGAAGCUCAGCAGCUCGCCAACACCGACUCAGACGUGUAUAUCUCCAUGUGGAAGCCCUCGUUCUACGUGAACUUGGUGCUGGACCAUACGACGUACUCGACCAGACAGCCUCCUCCACCUUUCGUAUCCACCGAGAUGGACAUUGAUAAGGAAGCCGGACUGUACGCGCCAGUGCUCUUUAUGAACGAGUUCUGGCUGUUGGAGGAGCAUUUGGUUCCUGUGAACGACUCGCUCACAGCCUUACCACUGGAGAUCUCGUUCUACCCGUUGCCGAUGUACAAAUAUGCGCUGUACACGCAGAUGGAGCAGAACUUCCGCAACCAGGAGGCAACAGGCGCGUCUUCGAGACGCGAUACGGACAAUAUGAAGAGCAUGUUUAUUGAAACGAACCCGUACCUGCUGGCAGUGACGAUGAUCGUGUCACUACUGCACUCGCUCUUCGAUUUCCUGGCGUUCAAGAACGACGUGAGUUUCUGGAAGAACCAGAAGUCACUCGCGGGCCUUUCACUUCGUACCAUCGUGCUCAACACAUUCUUCCAGCUUGUGAUCUUCUUGUACCUGAUGGACAACGACACCUCGUGGCUGAUUCUGGUCCAGUCGGGUAUUGGUCUCAUUAUUGAAAUGUGGAAGAUCAAGAAGGCGGUUGUCUUCUCGCGCGAUGAAAAUAACAAGCUCGUCGUGUCAGGAGCCGAGAGCUACGAGGAUUCGCCGACAGCUGAGCAUGACCGCGUUGCUGUGGCUCACCUGUCAUACGUUCUGUAUCCCCUCAUCGUCGGCCAGGCAGCUUACACUCUUGUUUACGGUGUGCACAAGAGCUGGUACUCGUGGGUGAUCUCCAGUCUGACCAGCUUUGUGUACGCGUUUGGCUUCAUUAUGAUGACGCCUCAGUUGUACAUCAACUACAAACUCAAGUCGGUUGCGCACUUGCCUUGGCGUGCCAUGGUGUACAAGUCGUUGAACACAUUCAUCGAUGACCUGUUUGCCUUCGUGAUUAAGAUGCCGUGGAUGCACCGCCUGAGCUGCUUCCGUGACGAUCUCAUCUUCUUCAUUUACCUUUACCAGCGCUGGAAGUACCCGGUAGAUGCCAAGCGCACGAACGAGUUUGGCCAGGGUCCUAUUGAGGACGAGGGUGUAUCCAACGCCAUCGAAAGUGCUGCAGUGUCGACUGACGACAGUUCUGAGCACACCUCAGGAGCUAUUGCCGCUGCCGUUGACGCAACGGAGGAGAUUCCGCCUCCGCCGUCUACCCCUCCGUCGACUGAGUAUCUGAUGUCCAAGCGAGCCAACACCCUCGAGGAGGAAACUACAAGUUCGGAGGAAUCGACUCUCGUAUCAACAGCGAUGGAUGAUAGAUAG